GGAUUAUGGGUAGAUUUGUUGAUACCAGUAUAGUGAUUCAAGAGGUUGGAAUCUGUAGCUACCUUUUAACUGGCUGUGACUGGUAAACUUAGAUCCUUCAGCUCAGGUUAUUACCUAAUUGAGAGGUCAAAUUGUGCUACAAGAUUUGGCAACAGUUUUAUCUAUCGUCUGAUGGACACAAAGCAAGACGCUUCUCUCUCCAUGUUUAUGUUUAUGGGACUUGAAUCGCAUUUUUGGUAUGCAUUUUUUCCCCCACUUUUAUCAUGGAAAUAACAUAGAGAUGAAAGAGAUUAGGUUUUGCUACAGUAUUCCUGCAAACAGAGCCUUAAAACAGGUUUUAGCCCAGCAAAACUCUGUUCAUUUGUGUUUGUAUUGAUGAACCAUUCUGGUUUGCUUUUCAGGAUUUUAUGCUUAGCGUCUCUGAAAAUUCAUUAUUUUUCAUUAAUCUAUACCUUUCAAGGAAAGCUCCACUGGUUUCUUUUUUGGUAUUCAACUAGUUUCGCAACAUCUAGGAAGAAAACAAUGCACUGUUCUUAGCAUUUUCCAUGUAUGAUUUUAUCUCUUGGGUGAGUAACCCAUGGCCGAUGCUGCUGGAGAAUGUUUCUUAAUUCCCUUCUUGUUUAGCCUUUGAGUAUUGUCUCCUCUCAUUGUUCCUGGUGCCCUUUUUAUUGGGCUGUUUGCAAUGGCAAGAGAUGUAGUAGUACAACUUUUUUUUUUCCCCUUUAAGUUCGUCCUUUCCUUAUUUAUUUUUGGUUUGAGCACUGGACUGACUCUAGUGGGAGAAUGAUUCUGGAUCCAGUGUUUGGUGAGAUGGUAAACUAUCCAUCUAACUAUUAUAUGAAGACUCUUUCGGCUGUAAUGCUGAAAAUAUGAAAGGAGGCUAAAGAAAUAGUGGAGACGUAGAAGAAUCCAAUUAUAGAACCGUAAAUAACAAAGGCUUUGUGUAGGCUUGGCUUGACUGAAAGUAAAACAUUGAAAUUGUCGAAUUCACACGAGCUUAGUUUUAAACUCAAGAAAGCUGAUGUUACAAAAGGAAGUAUUUGGGACUCUCUGUGUUGUCUUCUUAUCACAGCCUAAUUUUCAUAUUGAUGUGCCCUUUUGUCUUCUUCACACAAUUCCUCUUUACUUGCCAUUGCUGAAGAUGCUUUCCCUUUUGAAACCUCAUUGCUCCAAAACAUGUUCUUGUUGCUUGCUUAUACGAAUAUUUUGAUUUGCCCACAUUUUUUUUUUCAACUAAUACACAUUAAAAUUUACUACUGGUUUCUGUUGAUUUGGCCGUAUGAAUAUAUGCCUUUAUAAGAAAUAAUUCCAAUAAUUGUUUAAAUUUCCUAUAUGGUCUCUGAAAAUUAUAGAGCAGAUAAAAUUGCAGUUUUGGUCCUACUCAACAAAAAAAUUUACUACCCUCACCUGAAACUUCCAUACUUGUGACUGGAAAGAGUACUUUCUGCAAACAAAAGCAUAAAGUGAUAGUUGAAAGUGAGAAUCUUGUUAGAGAAGAAAGAGGGAAAGACAUGAGAGUUUCAACUCUUCUACUUUCCAAACAACAUAAAACAAAAUUUUGGAGCAUUCGGAAAAUUGAACCCAAGUUCUAGGAGCUAAUUCAGACUCAAAUGGACUAGCUAAUAAGAUUUCUCUUUUUUAACACUGAAGAAAUUGCCAAACCAGAAACCAGACCUUUUGGCUGUUUCUUGCACAGCGAUCUUGUCUAAGAAAACAUGAGCAAAAAUUUCAUGCACCAAGAUUCAUUUUUCUAGCAGACUCAAGCUUGUCUUUGAUAUAUGCCCCUAAAUUUCUCGCCUAGAUUUAAACUUAGCCCUUGAAUGGUCCGCCACCUUAUGAUAUAAAUCCAUUUCCUUGCCCAUUCCUCAGUUUCAAAUUCUCCACAUCUUCAAUUAACAGAGAGAGAGAGAGAGAGAAUGACUGCUUUGUGUUACAGAAUCAUCUUCCCAAUCAGGUGCACGUCCAGUAAUAAUAAUACCCGUGAUCCUAAUAAGCAGAAAUUGCACAAAAUUAAAAUCAAUGGGACCCCAUCUGCUAGGCCUCAUAAGAUUGAUUCACUCAGCCAAAUUGCUGCAGGAGGAGCAGCAGCUUCAGUGGCUUUUGCUGCUAAGAAUAUCAUUCGUCAAAACAUUCCUACUAAGAAACAGAACAUUGAUGCUCAUCGUCAAGGUUUCAUCGUCGAACAAGGCGUUGGCUACAGACAGACGGUUGUUAUAAGGUCCUAUGAAGUUGGUCCUGAUAAAACUGCUACACUUGAAAGCAUCUUCUAUCUUCUUCAGGAGACAGCAUUGAACCAUGUAUGGUUGUCGGGACUUCUCAGCAAUGGAUUUGGAGCCACACAUGGAAUGGUGAGGAAUAAUCUCAUCUGGGUUGUUUCAAAAUUGCAAGUUCAAGUGGAUCAAUAUCCAAUCUGGGGAGAGGUAGUGGAAAUAGACACAUGGGUGGGAGCAUCAGGAAAGAAUGGAAUGCGACGAGAUUGGCUCAUCCGAAGCCAAGCAACAGGCCAUGUCUUUGCACGGGCAACAAGCACUUGGGUGAUGAUGAACGAGAAGACAAGGCGUCUUUCGAAGAUGCCAGAGGAGGUAAGAACUGAGAUUUCUCCUUGGUUUAUAGAGAAACAAGCAAUCAAAGAAGAAGUCCCUGAGAAAAUUCCGAAGCUGGACGAGAAAGCUAGAUACGACAUCACUAACUUGAAGCCAAAGAGGAGUGAUUUGGACAUGAAUCACCAUGUCAACAAUGUGAAGUACGUAAGAUGGAUGCUAGAGACAAUCCCCGACCAGUUCUUGGAGUCCCAUCAACUUUCUGGGAUCAUACUAGAAUAUAGAAGGGAAUGUGGGAGUUCAGACAUUGUUCAAUCUCUGUGUGAGCCUGACGAAGAUGGGAUCAUUAACACUGGUUUAAAACAAGCUAACGAUGUCGUUCCUCUGCUUAAUGGGUUCUCACUGGCAUCUGAGAUAAUGGAAGGAAAUGGACUUCUGGGAUCGCUGGACAAGGCACCACUAAGAUAUACGCAUCUUCUUCUGACCAAAGGAGAUUCUCAAAAUGAAGAGAUUGUCAGAGGGAGAACAAUAUGGAAGAAAAAGCAGAUAAUUAAGCCAUUUUUAACCUAGCAAAAGCUAAUUUUGAGUAACAGAAUAAGUAUUUGUUUUCAAGUAGAAGGGAUUUAGCGAACUGGGUCAUCCUUGUUUGCACGUCUCCUCAAAUCCACAAGAAAUAAUUUUUCAAGUUAAAAAAUGGGGUACAUAAGAUUGAAUUUGGGUUCUACUGUAAAUGUACAUCCUUUGAUCCUCCCAAAGAUUUUGGAACGUGCCCGUCUUGAUUGAUCGAGAGCUAAAUGAUUAUUGGUGUCAUGGAAUAAUCCAUGACGUGAUAGGGCUCAGAAGGCCACAGAUUCUCUUGAUUGUAAUUAGUUGGGCACAUAAAAUGGUGUGAUGAUUCUCAAAAAUGCCUUUUAGAUUGUAUCAAUUAUAAGAAAUCAUUGUGUGCGAUUUUGUCUUUCUUUUUUGUCUUUAAUCUUUUUUACCUGCAAAAUUGUAUGGCCGUCAAAAUAGGGCAAAAGGCUCAGUAAACUUGAUCCAUAGAAAGCAACCAAAAUCAUCUUAGCCUGAAGUGGCCUAAUCCCGCCCAACCUGGAAAACCACAAAUUAAAAGACGCACCGCCUCAACGUUUUAGCUUGACCCACCGACCAGACCACCACAUCAACUGCAAAAUAGACGACACGCCUCCAAAAAAAUACCAAAAGGCAAUAAAUAGAGAAAAAUAAAGUAUCAAAUCAUGAUUGCAAAAUCUCCAAUCAAGAAUAACAACAAACACAAUUUCUAGUAUACUCAUUAAUCGAUCUCUGAUCUCUUUACAUCCUAAGAGAAGCUAAACAUGAUGCAACCUUGCCACUCAUAUCCUGAAGUUAUUUUCAUCAUACACAUGUAGUAAAGCUCCUAUUGAGUCUAAGAUUAAAACCCACUCUAAAAUAAGCUCCAAUCACAGAACGAUCAGCAACAUCUCCAACGGUAGAGCACCAUCGAAUCGCUGGCCACCAAGGGGAGAAGAAAAUUCAAAUCAAAACACCACAUUCAUAAUUAAAAUCCAAAGG